GGGAGUAAAAGGUUUAGCUAAUCAUCUUCAGCCGAGAGAGUCUGUGAUACGAACGUGACGCAUACAGUAUGACGGAUCAACAAAUGGAUUGCGCAUUAGACUUAAUGCGGCGACUUCCACCCCAACAGAUCGAGAAAAAUCUUAUUGAUCUGAUCGACCUUGCACCAGCGCUAUGUGAAGAUUUAUUGACAUCCGUAGAUCAGCCUUUGAAAAUAGCAAAGGAUAAGGAAACAGGCAAAGAUUACUUGCUGUGUGAUUAUAAUCGCGAUGGUGACUCUUACCGUUCGCCAUGGUCCAAUACGUACGAUCCACCCUUGGAAGAUGGUUCGAUGCCGUCUGAACGACUGCGGAAGCUAGAGAUCGAGGCUAAUCAUGCAUUCGAUCAAUACCGUGAAAUGUACUAUGAGGGUGGUGUAUCGUCGGCGUACCUAUGGGACCUGGAUCAUGGUUUUGCUGGAGUCAUUCUGAUCAAAAAAGCUGGCGAAGGCAACCAGAAAACGAAGGGAUGUUGGGACUCGAUCCAUGUCGUCGAGGUACAGGAGAAGAGUUCGGGACGAACAGCGCAUUACAAGCUAACAUCUACCGCCAUGUUGUGGCUGCAGACUAAUAAACAGGGGUCCGGUACGAUCAAUCUUGGCGGAAGCCUCACCAGACAGAUUGAACAGGACGCACCUGUAAGCGAAACCAGCCCGCAUAUCGCCAACAUUGGGCGAAUCGUCGAAGAUAUGGAAAACAAAAUACGUAACACUCUGAACGAAAUAUACUUCGGAAAAACGAAGGAUAUUGUCAAUGGGCUGCGAAGUAUUCAAUCCCUGGCCGAUACAAAUCAACAGGCAAUUAUGAAGAAGGACCUAGCGGCGGCACUGUUGCGACGAACUGGCAAAAGUGAGAACUGAACGAUUGAAACUUUAGUUUUCCGCCCCUCGUAACUAUUCUACCAACACCAUCAGUUAUCCAGAAGCAACAGCAACAACAGCUUCUCAUCAUUGUCAUUUAAGUAUCGUCGCUCACAUUUGCGGGCACUGCCUUCAUAAAUAGUUUGUUCGUUUAUUUGUUCA